GCAAGCAGGAGGCUCUGAACGGAGGAGAUACGAAAUCAGGAAAUGGGGCGGCAGAGGUGAAGAGUCGCUGUGAGACAUUCACCUCCUCAUCUCCGAGAUGCCAGAGACGUCUGAUGAGAGUGUGAGAUGUGGACAGCACAAAGCUCCACCAAAAGGUGACAAAAGGAUCAAACAGUUGGAGGAGGCACACCCUGCUCCCCCUUCUCUUCCUCAGACCUCAGACAGUGUGUCACUGGCCACCUCAGGAAGUCAGUGUUGGAGCAGUAUGGAAAACUUUAGACAGAAGCAGCAGAGACCAUCGGUGUUGCGUCAAGUUCCUCAAACAGCUUCCAAACGACAACACGUGCGUCCAGAAAAUAUUGCAGCUGUCUCCAUGUGCAAGGAAGAGAUGGAUGCAGGUCAUCUUCCCCAGUCCUCUUCCCCACAGAUGGGUUCCCCUCCCAGGCAAAGCCAUCACUACUUCUUCCCGUUGAGGAGAGCAAAGCAGAGCUCCAUUGAGGCCAGGCUUCAUGAUAGCAUCCCUGAGGGGACCAGUGCUUUGUUUGUUAGUGGCCUCUGCCGUUGGCCUGGCUGUGAUGCAGUGUCUGAAGAUUUUCCUAGUUUCUUAAAGCAUCUCCAUUCAGAACACAGCCAUGGUGACAGAAGCAUUGCUCAGUGGAAGAUCCAGCAAGAUAUUGUUCAGUGCAUGGAGAGUCAGCUCAUCCUGGAAAAACAGAAACUCAUUGCAAUGCAACUCCAUCUGCACCUCUCUGAACACAAAUACAGUGAUUUGGCAGCUUCUGAGUGGCCAUAUAGCCUUCCUCUAUUCCUGCCCCAGCCUCCAGUAAGAGAUGCAGACGGAGUGCAACAAUGCAGCAUUAAACAUCUGGAGGAGUUGUCCCAGCGUGGCUACAGGGCUGCUGCUUCUGCCCACCUUCUACCAGAUUUGGUCCCCAGUAUUGAAUGUUACAAAUACAACAACAUCAGACCUCCAUACACCUAUGCCUACUUGAUAAGAUGGUCUAUCCUGGAGUCUCCAGACAAACAGCGCACUCUGAAUGAGAUCUACAACUGGUUCACUACCAUGUUCUACUACUUCAGACACAACACUGCAACCUGGAAGAAUGCAGUGCGGCACAACCUCAGCUUACACAAGUGUUUUGUGCGAGUGGAAGGAGGAAAGGGAGCUGUGUGGACAGUGGAUGAAACAGAGUACCAGAGGAGGAAAGGACAGAAGUAUCACAGGGACUGUCCUGUGAAGUGGUUCAAGUCCUGUUCUAAUCACUGUCCCGAGGAUCUCUCAGCACCAGCAGAUGGCAGCAUGAGCUGCUCCUUUAAUCCAGCUGCAGGAGCUAGAACAUGAAGAACUAAAGAGUCUUUUCAAAUGUCUUGUUUGUAUUUUGUAUUGUUUUCAUAUGACUUGUCAUUGUAUCACAUUGUACACAUACCUGACAACUGUACUUUCUUUUAUUGCAAAAUAAAUGAAACCAACAUUUGUGCGUG